AUGCCCCCAACCCAUCUUGUGUCCAUCGUCGCGCUUGCUCUGGUCGCGUCGCUGGUCGAGGGGCAGGCAGCGAUCUACGGGCAAUCGACGGCCAGGUGGAGGAGGCUCAGUGAAUACAUCAAAGUUCCGCGUCUUGACUCCUUGCUGACGAACACCAGAGCUGGACCGGACCAACAACUUGUGUCAGCGGGACAGUUUGCUCUGUUGUCAACCCAUCGUGCCGGCGCCGUCUUCUCCUCCAUCCGUUCCGUAGCACCGGUCUCCUCCGCGAAAUCCACCUCCGUCGUCGUCACAACCCCCGCCGCCCCGACCACCGUGACUACGGCCACCACCGCCGCCGCGAGCCCCACCAGCAGCGCCAGCGCCGGCAACUGCCCGGCCAACGUCCCCGCCGCGGGGUCCGGCACCCUCAAGUUCACCGGCGUCAACAUCGCCGGCGCUCAGGCUUGUUUGGCAACCGGCGCGUAUUGUAUCAUCGACAUGCACAACUACGCCCGCUGGGAGAAUACGAUCAUUGGACAACCUGGUGGCCCAACAGACGCCCAAUUUGCGGCGACUUGGAGCCAGAUCGCGGCUUACUACGCGAACGAGACCAGGAUCAUGUUCGGCGUAAUGAAUGAACCUCAUAACAUGCCGAACAUCACCCAGUGGGCGGGGAGUGUGCAAGCUGCCGUCACUGCCAUUCGUAAAGCUGGUGCCACGACCCAGAUCAUUCUGCUCCCGGGAGACAACUGGACAUCAGCCCAAACCUUCGUUUCGAACGGUUCCGCAGACGCUCUGAACAAAGUGGUGAACCCCGACGGAAGCAUCACGAACCUCAUCUUCGACGUUCACAAAUACCUCGACUACGACAACUCUGGCACAAACGCCGCGUGUGUCACGAACAACAUCCAGACAGCAUGGGCCCCACUCGCACAGUGGCUGAGAUGUCACGGGCGCCAGGCGUUCAAUACAGAGACGGGCGGAGGCUUUAACGAUCCCGGCUGCCUGACCUACAUGUGCCAGCAGAUCGCGUUCCAGGCUCAAAACAGCGAUGUCUUCCUCGGAUACGUCGGUUGGGCUGCGGGUAACUUCUACAGCGGCUACGUGCUCUCGGAGAUGCCGAACGUGAGCGGAACGACUUGGACUGAUCUGCCCUUGGUCUCCAAGUGCAUGGCGCCUGUAUCCGGGUCCCAGAAGGGAUCCACAGGACUGUGAUGCACUGUAGUGACUAAUCGAAUACCGCGCUGUAUCUUAGUAUAGUCGUAUA